AGUCCAUAUCUGAAAAGGAUGAUGGAGAACAGUCAAGAUGAGGAUAAACUGACCUUAGAUGUUGAAGAUUUGAACAUAGCAGUUUCUGAUUUGGAUGGAGUUUUCUGCUACAUGUAUGGUCAAGAAGGACCCAUGGAGGAAAAUGAGGAAGGGAGAGCUGCUGUGUCCUCUCUCUUUGAAAUGGAAACACUCACAGAAUUAUACUGUGACAUCAUGAUUUCUAAACUCUCCCACCAAAAUGUGGUGAAGUACCUCAUCACAGCUCAUCAAUGGAAACUGGAUAGAGUUGAAGAGGCCUGCAAGGAAUGGCUCUGCAAUCAGCUUGUUUUUACUUCUCAUCUCAUUCAACAAUUCCAGGAUAUCAGCCCAGAGGUGAUGAUGUGUCUCCUCAGAGAUGGAAGCCUUGUGACUCCAAAGGAUGAAGGAAAUGUUUAUGCACUUGCAAAAGGGUGGAUUCAGAGUCAGAAGCCUGGGAGACUAGAGAAGGAAAUCAUUGAAGAGGUGCUAGGCUGUCUGCGGAUGGAAUACCUGUGGCCAUCAUGGGUAUCCUCCACAGAAAAGAGUCUGAUUCCUGACUCUUGGAUGAAAAACAUUGAAGAGAAACUUUACUCUGAGGCCCUCAGUUCUAGGAUUCCUUCUGAGUCUCCUGUUUCAGAAUUAAGGAAUGUGUGUGAUGAACAAGCUUUUGGCAGCAUUUGUAGGAGAGAAGGAAAGAUAUUUAACUCAGGAGAGGAAGUAUGGACCUCAAUGAAUACAGUGGAUGGUUUGUGGAUGUCAGGAAAGAUAUGUCCUGGAGAUGGCAGUACUGGGAAGGAUUCUGAGUCUGGAGUGUUGGUGACCAUGGAGACAAGAGGGAGAGGAUCUCACAUCUUAACCAUCCAAUACAGGUUCAGAGUGCUACGAUUAUCUCAGAGGGGCAAGAUUGUGUAUGAGAAGAGCAUAGGUUGGAAUUAUUUCCUAUCUUUUGCAGUAUUGGGAGUGACAAGAGAUUCAGCAAAGAAUGAAAUUGCUAGGGCCUAUAGGGCACUGGCCCGCAAGCAUCAUCCUGACAUGCACAAGACACCUGAAGCAAAGAGUGAAGCUGAAACCAUGUUUAAGCUCAUUGCUACAGCAUAUGAAAUCUUGAAGGAUGAUGAGGCUCGCACUGACUAUGACUACAUGUUGGACCACCCUGAAGAAUUUUACAGCCAUUACUAUCGUUACUACAGGAGACGGAUGGCCCCCAAGGUGGACGUCCGCAUUGUGAUAGGAGUGACAAUCACUAUAAUCUCUGCCUUCCAGUAUUACACUGCCUGGUUUAGGUAUGAUAUGGCCCUGAAGCACUUGGUGACAGUUCCCAAAUAUCGCCUGCAUGCUCUGGAAAUUGCCAAGAAAGAGGGUAUGCUCUCCAAUGGGAUAUCAGGAAAGAAGAAAGGUGGCAAGAAAUCAAAGGAGGAAUUAAAGAAAGAGGAAGAAGAGACUAUACGUCGAAUCAUUGAGAAUAAUCUAGACAUCAAAGGAGGAUAUGCCAAACCAAGUGUAAGAGACAUUCUGUGGCUGCAGCUCAUUCUAUUCCCCUACAAUGUGUUCAAAUGGGUCAAAUUUCAACUGACAUGGCUCUGGAAAUUCACCAUUCGAAGACAGCCUUUGGGAAAAGAGGAAAAACUCUACCUCAUUCGAAGAUAUCUUCAACUUAAUCAUGCCCAAUUUGAGGUUUGGAAAGAGGAGAGAGAUGAAAUAGAGAGGAGAAAGCUGGCUGAAAAUGCACGUUACAAGUCGUAUAGACGAUACAUGAAGAAUCAUGGGCCUGGUCGGAUCACCUUUGACGAUGAUUGAAUCUCUUCUGGUGACAUCUCAGAGCACAUUCUUCCAGGGUGUUGGUAUUAUGUUAUCAACUCCAUGACAUUGCAUUUUAGUAAUGGGUUUCCAUGCUGUCAUUAGAAUGGUUAGUGAAUUCUGUUGUUGCUUUGAAUUCUCACUGGUAUCAUUUCCCAUGAGUCAGGUAACUGUGAGAAUCAACCACCAAGUUUAUGUUCAUUAAUUCAACCACCAAGACUAUGUUCAUUUAUUGCAAGUUCGUGCAUGUAUUAUUGAUUUGAGUUUCAUGAAUUUGAGCUCCUCAAUGAGUUUGAACUUUGCUUUGGACCAAUCUAUAGACUCUAGAGGGAAAGGCAUAUUGAAUUGUUUAUGGCAGUUUUCUGGUUUUUCCAGGAUGUUUAUUUAUUGUCUUGUUUUCCUCUGAUUUCAUUCCUCCGAGAUAUAUGUUUCUGUGAAUGGAGACAGAAGUCCACUGUGAUAUGGUUUCUUGAUGCAGAAGAAUUCAUCUCAGAAUAAGUUUAUUUCUAUUUAAGUAAUUUACUUUUGUUGUUCUAGUAAUUUGUUGCUUUUAUUAUUUUACCAUUUUAAUUGAUGAUUCCAACCAUUUCCUCUUUAUGUUGGGAAGAUGAAUUUGCCACUUGAAAAUAAUAUGAAAAUAUUGAAAUAGCUGAAAAAGAAUCCUAAGGAUCAGGAUUUUGUUACCCUUGUGAUUUGAGGGGCACAGGAUUGUCAUAUGUAUUUGGUUGCAGUGAUGUUGGUUUUGAUUAACUUUGAUGUCUUUUCAGCACAUGCCUUGACAAAAAUUCAUAAUCACUGUCAAGGUAAAAAAAAAAAACUUAAUGCAAAUAUUAAAAAAAAUAGGUCUCUUCAUGGCGAGUCUAUAGAAAAUUUUGUGAUUUACCAGAAGUGAAGAAAAAUCAUGAUGUAGGAUAAGUAAAUUACCAUACAUGUUACCAUUUCUGUCUAAGGAAGCAAAAUGGUGCCAUUUUUGGAGGUGGUUAGAUUUGUUUCUUUUCUAGGUUGACCAUUGUUUAUGGAGUUGAGGUCAGAGGAGCGGCAAGACUCGCUUAUAGGACAGUGCUUAAAGUUACACAUGUUCCAUUAAAAAUGUUAAGUAUUCCAUGCACAAGACCUCGCUAUAUAUUUUUGUUAAGAGGCCCAGUAAAAUGCUGAGUUUUGUUGGUUGCAGUACUACACGCGGCCGUUUUCUAUGCACCAUAAAUAGAUGGGGUUUAUAAUGGAUCGGCAUGUCGUGCACGUGAUGCAAAUAAAGCUCUCAUACAUGUUAUUAAAACA